GGUGGUGCCGGCGGCGAGGCACGGGCGGAGCGGCGGCGCGGGCGGCGGGCAUGGCGCGGGGGCUGCCGGCGGGUCCGAGCGCUGCCGGCUCGGCUGAGGUGCGGCUGUCCCGGCGGCGCUGGGCCGUGCUGCUGCUGUUCAGCGGCUACUCGCUGUGCAACGGCUUCCAGUGGAUCCAGUACGGCAGCAUCAACAAUAUCUUCGUGCGCUUCUACGGCGUGAGCGCCUUCGCCGUCGACUGGCUGUCCAUGUGCUACAUGCUCGCCUACAUCCCGCUGCUGUUCCCCGCGGCCUGGCUGCUGCACCGGCGCGGGCUGCGCCCCAUCGCUCUGGCCGGGGCGGCGCUCAACGCCCUGGGCGCCUGGGUGAAGCUGGGCAGCCUGAAGCCCUCCCUCUUCCCCGUCACCGUCCUGGGACAGGUGAUCUGCGCCCUGGCGCAGGUCUUCAUCCUGGGCAUGCCCUCGCACAUCGCCUCCGUCUGGUUCGGCUCCCACGAGGUCUCUACCGCCUGCUCCAUCGCUGUCUUUGGCAACCAGCUUGGCAUCGCUGUGGGUUUUCUGGUCCCUCCAGUUCUGGUUCCUAAUGUUGAGGAUGUGGAGAAGCUGGCCUACCACAUCAGCAUCAUGUUCUUCAUUACGGCAGGUGUGGCAACAGCCCUCUUCAUCCUGGUCAUCAUAGUUUUCAAGGAGAAGCCCCAAUACCCUCCAAGCCGAGCUCAGGCCUUGAUCCAGUCAAGACCGACAGAGGACUGUUCCUAUGUGCAAUCAAUUCUCCAUCUGCUCCGCAACAUCAACUUUUUGCUGCUUAUGAUCACUUACGGUCUGAAUGCAGGUUGCUUCUACGCCCUGUCCACUCUGCUGAACCGCGUGGUGAUGAGUCACUACCCAGGGGAGGAGGUGAAUGCUGGCAGGAUUGGACUCACCAUUGUACUGUCAGGGAUGGUUGGGGCUCUAAUCUCCGGCAUCUGGUUGGACAGAACCAAAACCUACAAACAGACAACACUAGCUGUCUAUAUCAUGUCUCUGAUUGGAAUGAUAGUCUUCACCUUCACUCUUAACCUCGGCCACCUCUGGGUUGUAUUUGUGACUGCAGGCAUACUAGGGUUUUUCAUGACAGGGUACCUUCCUCUGGGCUUUGAGUUUGCUGCAGAACUGACUUACCCAGAAUCAGAAGGAACAUCAUCAGGGCUCCUUAAUGUCUCAGCACAGAUUUUUGGUAUAGCUUUCACCAUCAGCCAAGGGCAAAUCAUGGAUCACUUCGAUACAAGGGCAGGAAACCUCUUUCUUUGUUCCUUCCUGUUCUUGGGGACCAUUAUGACAGCAUUCAUUAAGGCUGAUCUCCGAAGACAUCAGGCCAAUUUGAAUAUUGAACAGACAAGACUACAAGGCAGCAAUCAGAUCAUGGAUUAUGGGACUGUAGCUUGUAACCCUAACCCCAUCAAUUCCCAUUCCUGCUCACUAGCUCAUACACAAAGAAGGUGAUGCCAGAAGCCCGCGCUGAUCCCAUAGUCCUGGAGGAAUCAAAGCUGUGAAAUGGAGGGGUGGUAGAGCUGGGUGAUGCAGCCACCUUCAUUCCCAUCUUUGCUACCUACGCUGUCCUCCUGUUCCAUGUGCAUCAUGGCAGGGGGUCGCAGCCUCAGGACAGGAGCUCAGUGAACUGCUUGUAGAGAGUGUGAAAGAACAAAACAAGAACGGAGUUGCUCUCUUCAACUGCAUCUUGCGGUUUUGGAGACUUCGCUGCUUGGGAGGAAAAGUUGGGAAUACCCACUGCUUCCCCCCAUCCCACCAUACAUGCUUGGAAAAGAAAAGGUACAUGUGCUGAGAAAAGCCGUAGUUCCAGGCUAGCCCUGAGCACAUGAUGGCGACAUCUUGCCCGUGGCUCUCACAGGUGAGCUGUGACAUGAAAUGCGGAAGCGGGACUGAGCUCACUCUGUGAGCAGCCCUGGAAAAGCUUUUGGGUGGCUCUCAAAGGGAAGGAUUGCUCUACCUCAGUGCCUGCGAUGCUGUGUUGCACAGGUGAUGGUAGAGGCUUUAACAUAUCACCAGCAAGUGCAAAACAGCACAUCUGCUGCUGCCAGCUCUGGUUUUGUUACAUGGCUGUCCCAGAUGAAGCACUCAGUCUGUGGGUAAACCUCUAAUCAAAUUCACUGAGGUUGCCCUGAUGUUCCCGUUGGGAACAUGUUGGGAGUAAUUGAGAGAAACCUCUCUGGAGGUGAGGACUAGUACUGAUGCUUAUGUUGAAGCUACAGCCUAAGCUCAUCACUACACUGGCAACAGGAGUCAAACCACAAACUCCCGGGGCUGAGGACUGUAUCUUCAUCCUUAAUGAUAAAGUGCCUUCUGCAUAUUUCCAUGCCAUAUAGAAACUUUUGUUUUAUGAGAUAAUCAGCAAAAGCUGUGUUACUCUUCACAGCCAUGAGGGGUUCAAGUAUGAUGGGAAUACAGAUUUGCUCGAGUGUUGAGGCUUGUCGUGAUAACAGACAACAGAAGCAGCAGCCUCUUCCUAGCAUUUGUGUCUUGUAGACACUGCCCCUCUGUAUGCUGCUGUUUAUCUUCUAUGCACAAAUGUAGAUCCUUAUGUCCUGUCUCCUUCCUUUCCAGCAUCUCUCCACUGGUGGAGACAUGAAGUGUCCUUAUACUCCUCAUUUAGGGGAGGGCACAAAACCCACAACCGCAUAGAAUGGAUAAAAAUAGUCCUUGCUGACAUACCAUUUCUGACAUUUUUAUGGGUGAAAUUAUACUGUCUUUUGACACAUUAAAAAAUUCAAGUCCUAUCUUUGGUAGUUUGGGAUUGAGGAUGGGUCUCUAAAAUGGCUUUUCAAUACACAUUUUUAUAUACGAUAAAAACAUUUGAAAUAUACAAUGAAACUUGACGCAUAUUAAAUUGUUGAAACAUUCUGCAUCUGACUCUCUUAAUAGCAUAAAAUGUUUUGCAGAAUGGAAAAAUCAUCUUUGUGCCCAGUGUUACUGUUGUGCUCUUUUCUUCUCAUCUGUCUUUUUCCUCUCUUUAUUCUGCACGUGGACCAUCUCCCCAGCUAGGAGAUCCUGCUGGCUCCUUCCUACCGCCUGUGCACUGCUCAUCUGCUCUGGGCAUUAU